GGCCGGUACCGAGUCAGCUUAGGAACCUUGAACACAGUAGACCUCAGGGAGCCGCCUGUGCCUCAAUACCGCCAGUGACAAAAAACCUCAGGGAAUCCUUUGCCAUCCAUUUUAAUUUUCCAUCCCUCAAAAAACCCA